AUGACAAGUGUUGACAUUAAUAAUAAUAAUAAUAAUAAUAAUAAUAGUAAUAGUAAUAUAAUUGAAACUAAAUUAAUUGGACAUAAAGAUACAGUAUUAUGUAUUUCAAGUCAUAAUAAAAAAGAGAUAAUAGCAAGUGGUUCAGAUGAUUGCACUGUUAGAAUAUGGGAUUUAAAUACAAAUAAAUCAAUACAAUCAAUUGUUGAAGGAUUUCAAGGUAACCCAGUUAAUAACGUUUGUUUUGAUCAAGAUUUCACUCUUUAUUGUUCAUAUGAUAAUAUUAUAGUUUCAUUUGAUUUAAGACAACCAAAUGUAAUCUUAAAAGAAUUUAAUACUCAAUAUAAAUUUAAUACUGAAGAAAUUAAUCAAUUAAGUUUUGAUUCAAAAUAUCAAUAUUUAGCAGCAUGUGAUGAUUCAGGUCAAACUAAAAUUAUUGAUGUUACAAAAAAUAAAUUAGUAGAAUCAUUAAAUAAAAAGCAUACAAAUAUAGCAACAGGUUGUGUUUUUAGACCAAAUAGUAAAAAUGAAUUAAUUACAUCUUCAAUGGAUUUUUCAAUCAUUCAUUGGGAUUUCUUAAAAGCAAAAGUUUUACAUAGAGAUACAUUUAAAGAAGGUUCUUUACCUCAAAAUAUUUCAAAAUCACAACAACAACAACAAGAAACAACAGAACCAAAUAGAAUGUUAAAUCCACCAUUCGUUACAAGUGUUGAUUGUUCAAAUAAUUCAAAAUAUGUAGCUAUUUCAAUGGGUGAUGGUACAAUUGUAAUUAAUGAAAUUUCAAGUUUUAAACAAUAUUUAAAAAUAAAUUCUAUACAUAAAUCUUCAAUUCAACAAGUUCAUUAUCCAAAAUAUUUAGAAAAUAAUUAUCAAAGACUAAUUUCAUUUGGGAAUUAUGAUAAAAAGAUAGUAAUUUGGGAUGUUUCUGAAGAUAUGAAUACAAAAGUUUCAUCAUCUUUAUUAUCAAAUGAUGAAAAAAAUAAUGAAAGAAUUAAAACAUGGCUUGAACAUUCUGAAAAAAUUAAUUGUUUAACAACUUCAAAUUUAAAAAAUAAUGCAAUAUUUGUUGCCGAUUUAUCAAAUGAUUUAAAACUAUUAUCAAUUCAAUAA